AUGUCGGAGGCAUACGAGGCUCGAGUAAACGCCAAUAGACCUUUCAACGAGAGUCAGCCAAUUUUAUUCUCGACAAACGAGGACUUUGAUGACCUGGACGAUGACUUUCUGGAUAUGUACACUAUGAACCCCAGACAGCGCCUACUGCGUCAACUGCAGAAAGUCAGGAACAAGCUGAUUGAUCAUUUCCAAAGACUUCCGGCUUGGAAGAAAUUUUUAGUAGUAAUCGCGAUUCUGUUGCAGAUGACUUUGACAAUACUGGUGUUAGUUUUCCACGAUAAGAUCCUACACGCCAUGAUCACCGCAUCCAAAGAGCUCAGAGCAAGGUGGUAUACUCCCUUGGUUUGUGUGCUCCUUGUGUUUGGGGUCUCCUUCCCUCCGCUGAUUGGAUUUUCAUUGCUGUCAGUAACGGUCGGUAUCAUAUACGGCGUGAGCUUUUUAGGCUGGUUUAUCCUGUUCAUUGGAUCUUUGAGUGGUUCGAUAUCGGCAUUUGUUCUGUUCAAAACGCUGUUGCGGUCGCAAGCAGAAAGGCUGGCCCAUGCAAAUGCUAAAUUCGAGGCAUUGGCCUCCACUCUACAAGACGAUGACGGCUACUGGAUGCUCGCCCUGAUAAGAUUGUGUCCUUUCCCUUAUUCAUUCACAAAUGGUGCUAUUGCCGGCAUUUACGGAGUCACCCUAAAGAAUUUCUCGCUAGCCAACGUGCUUACUUCUCCCAAACUGCUGAUGUACCUCUUUAUUGGAUCUAGACUUAAGAACAUGGGAGAAGACAGCUCAGCUUCCUCAAGAAUCUUUGACGUUGUCAGCAUUCUUAUCACUGGUAUAAUUUUGGCUUUGACUACUUGGCUAUUGUAUACCAAAGCUAAAAGAAGAUACCAAGAAAUGCAAAGAAACCAAAGCUUGGAUGCUUCCUUUGAAACUGUCUUCUGA